AAUCCUAUAAAAUUUAUACAACUUCUACAAUUUUUAGAAGUGAUGCAUGCAUUAUUUGGUUAUACCAAAGGCAGUGCGUUGAUGUCAUUCGUACAAGUAGGAGGUAGAGCAUUUAUAUUAUUCAGUAUGAUCGAAGCUGAACCACGUAUGCAAACUAAACCUGUAGUUUUCUAUUUGUUUCUCGUUUGGAGUACGGUCGAAAUAGUUAGAUAUCCAUAUUACAUAAUGCAAUUAUUAAACAUAGAAAUUUCAUUUUUAACGUGGCUAAGAUACACGAUAUGGAUGCCCCUAUAUCCACUAGGGUUCCUUUGCGAAGGAAUUAUAAUAUUAAGGAAUAUCCCAUACUUUGAAGAAACGCUCAAAUUUAGUCUUUCUUUACCAAAUUCAUGGAAUCUUUCGUUCCAUUUUCCAUCAUUUCUAAAAAUAUACUUGCUCGUAUUUUGUUUGCCUCUUAUGUAUAUGUUAAUGACCCGUAUGAAUAAGGUGCGUUAUACAAAAUUAGGUAUGUCUAAAUUAAAGAGAUACGCAUGA